AUGCCUAAGAAUAAGGGAAAGGGCGGUAAGAACAACCGAAGGGGAAAGAAAGAAGAUGGUGAAAAUAAGCGAGAAUUGAUCUUCAAAGAAGAUGGACAAGAGUACGCUCAAGUGGUCAAGAUGUUGGGUAACGGUCGAUUGGAAGCCAAAUGUCUUGAUGGUGAGACGCGAUUGGCUCAGAUCAGAGGUCAGAUGAGGAAAAAGGUAUGGAUCGUAGUAGGCGACAUCAUCCUUCUCUCCUUACGUGACUUCCAAGACGACCGAGCGGAUGUUAUCCACAAAUACACCGCCGACGAAGCGCGUAAUUUGAAGACCUAUGGAGAAUUGAAAGAUUUCACCUUGGUCGAAAAUGCAGAAGCUGGUUCAGAGGAAGAAGAGGAAGGUAUCGAAUUCGAGGAAGCUGAUAUUGAUGAUAUCUGUGAGUACUGA